CUGGUACGUUGGAGUGUGUGUACGCUAGCGAGCUAAUUUCGGCUGCUCGAUUCUGGUUUUGUAAACAUAUUUAUCUGUUUAUCUUUCAGUUUGCACCAUAUCAGACAACACUGACCAUGGCGGAUCCAAGAAUACGACAGAUAAAAAUCAAGACCGGUGUUGUUAAACGUUUGGCCAAAGAGGAGGUGUUGUACAUAAAGGAGGCAAAACAGCAGGAAGAAAAGAUUGAGCGUCUCAAGGCGGAGGCAGGAGACGAGUAUGUAAUCAAGAAACAGAUUGAAGUGCUGCAAGAGUCAAGAAUGAUGGUUCCUGACUGUCAUCGUCGUUUAGCCAUUGCCCAUGCUGACCUGCAGCAACUAUUGGAAACAGAAGAGGAAUUGGCUGAAGCCGAAGAAUACAAGGAGGCCAGAACUGUUUUGGAUUCAGUCAAGCUGGAAGGAUGAUAGACACAAACGCACACACAGACACUUACAUACACUGACAUCCUAAGUGUCCAUUCCAUUUGUUCUGAUUGUUUAGCAUUUCAGAACCAAGGCGACAGUGUUUAUUGUUUGCAUUUCACUAUGUUUGGAUUGAAUUAUAAGUUCAUAAUCCACUACUUUCUCCCUGGCCUUAUGUUAUAAGAGUUCAAAUUUACACAAUCAUGAAAUAAAGUUUUUUUUUUUUUACCAUUUCAAAUGUUUCCUUUUCACUCAGCCUAUUUUUUCACACUUAGAAAAUGUGUUCUCAUAAUGAAGUAUGCAUGGUUGCAAUCCAUCGAAGUACAAAUGUUACGUUACCUUUUUAGAUGUUCACCUGCUGUGAAAAACUGUGACAGAUCUUUGGAUUUUAUGUAAGCUAUUUUUGCUUAUAUCUAUUUCAGGCAUGCACAGCAUUUCAGUAAUGUAAUGAAACUGUGCAAAGUUGAAUUAAUAUCUAAUAUGCUUGCCUUCACCCAAGAUGUAAGAUAUUUUCCCCUCUUAUAUAGGGCUGCAGUAAUUAAUGCAGGAUCAUAUAUGGAUAGGAUUGUUGUUUCUGCUCUCAGAGAGGGAGAGCGGUAUAGAAUGAAAGGGAAAUAAGGUAUGAUGAGAAUGUGUAUUUCCUACUCUGCUGUAAGGACACUGACCUCCGCUGGCCAGAUUCUCUCAUGCAAGCAUGAGGCUCUUCUGCUGCACAUUUGGCCACUUUGGUCUCCUUCCACUUGGAAAUACACUGAGUGUGCUAAAUUAAAAUAACUAUGUGCAAUAAAGCAUAAUUAAAG